CUUGACGAGACUACCUCUAACAUUGACGAUCGAAUUUCCACGUAUACUGCUUCUCUGACUUCGAGUGCGGUUGAAUAUCCCACCGAGUACGGCCGCCGUUACCAUGCUUUUCGCGCAGGAUCGUACUUGGCACCCAAUGAUGAGAGCGAAAUGGAUCGACUUGAUCUGAACCACCUGUUACUUAUGAAGGCAAUUGGCAGAAAGCUCUUUCUAGCCCCAGUCCCGCAGGCAAGCACACAUCGAAUCCUUGAUAUCGGUACUGGUACUGGCAUAUGGGCAAUGGAAGCAGCAGAAAUCUUUCCAAAUGCUGAGAUUGUUGGAAAUGAUCUGAGUGCCAUCCAGCCAUCUUGUGUUCCCCCAAAUGUCAAGUUUGAGAUCGACGAUAUUGAGAGCCCCUGGGUAAAUCAAAAGAAGUACGAUUUUAUCUUCUGCCGUUACAUGGCCGGGUCAGUUGUAGACUGGCCAAAGCUGAUGAGAAAUAUAUACAAAAACCUCAACCCUGGUGGUUGGGUAGAAUUUCAAGACUAUGACAUAACUCCUGCCUCGGAUGACGAUACCCUAACUGAGAAACACGAGACAAGAAAAUGGGGCGAGAAGUUGAUUGAGGCUUGCAGGACGGUAGGCCGAGACCCGUGUCCCGGACCGAAGCUUGAAGGAUGGACUAGGGACGCCGGGUUCGUCGACGUCUUCCAUCAGAAAUUCAAGUUACCGAUCAGACCCUGGCCCAAAGAUCCACAUUACAAAGAUAUCGGUAUGAUCAAUCUUGUUCAGCUUCUAGAUGGCCUGGAUGCUUUCAGCCUGAGAACUUUCUGCGGAAUCCUUGGGUGGGAUAGAGAAGAGGUCAUAGUGAUGCUCGCUCAAGUACGCAAGGAGCUGAAGUCGGGGGUUUUUCAUGCGCACACCGCAAUCCAUGUGGUCUAUGCUCAGAAACCGCAGGACGAUGAAGCAGAGGAGGGCGAGGCGGAGGAAUGAUGUUCACAAUCAACUCUCUCCUCAAAUUGUACCAAAC